UGUUUCCACCGCUUGCUGCUGGUGCUGCUUCUGCUCAUACUCGAUUAUCAGUGUCGCCGUCGGCUUAUAAGGCAGACGCUCUGGCGGUUUUCACAUUAUGUCUCUAUAAUGACUUUCCGUCGUAGAAAGCUGCGGGUCACGUGUGGAAUUGACGCUUGAUAAAAGUUUCAAGCGGGUCAGAGGAAGUGAAGAUGAGCUCUCAGGAUGUACUGAAGAAUGCGUCCACUCUCGCAUCGUAUAAUGUGUUGUUACAGGUUAUGUUCCGUGUGCUCACCUUCUUGCUGAACGCAUUCACACUGCGGUUUGUGUCCAAAGAGCUGAUUGGGGUUGUCAAUGUCAGGCUCACACUGUUGUACUCCACAUUAGUAUUUUUAUCCAGAGAGGCUUUCCGGAGAGCCUGUCUGAGUGGGGGAUCUGGGACCAGCCACAGCUGGAGACAAGUUAUCAACCUGCUAUGGCUGACGCUGCCUCUUGGUGUGUUAUGGGCAGCCCUGCUAGUCUGUGUGUGGCUGUGGCUCCUGGAGAUCCCAGAUCCUCAGACUGUCCCAUACUACGGCCCUGCGGUGGUGUUGUUUGCCUUGGCAGGAGUGCAGGAGCUCCUGGCUGAGCCCCUCUGGGUCCUGGCUCAAGCGCACAUGUUUGUUCGCCUGAAGGUGGUCGCUGAGAGCUUAGCAAUGAUCGCUAAGUGCAGCAUAACUGUGGUGCUGGUGGUGUUGGCCCGUGAAUGGGGCCUUUACAUCUUCUCUGCUGCUCAUUUGGUGUACACAGGAUUCCUGGUGCUGUGCUAUGCUGUCUACUUUAUUCGCUUCUUGGGAUCUAAAGAUGCAAACAAGAAGAGUUUUCCCCUGCACAGCGUUGGAGAUCUCUUUCCCUGUAGAGCAGAUGGAGAGCCGCUGGUUGAUUGGACUCUAGCCCAGCUGACAUGGAGCUUCUUCAAGCAGUCCUUCCUGAAGCAGAUCCUGACAGAGGGUGAGCGUUACGUCAUGACCUUCCUGAAUGUCCUCAGCUUUGGAGAUCAGGGUGUUUAUGAUAUCGUCAAUAAUCUGGGCUCCAUGGUGGCACGCUUCAUCUUUUUGCCUAUUGAGGAAAGCUUCUACAUCUUUUUUGCCAAAGUGCUGGAGAGAGGACGUGAUGUCAAAAGUCAGAAACAGGAGGAAGUUGCCAUUGCAGCAGAUGUCCUGGAAUGUCUGCUGAAACUGGUGUUGGUGAUUGGUCUGAUUAUCACAGUGUUUGGCUAUGCCUUCUCUCACUUGGCUCUGGAUAUUUAUGGCGGCUCUCUGCUGAGCAGUGGAGCAGGGCCGACUUUGCUGCGAUGCUACAGCUGCUACGUCCUCCUGCUCGCUGUAAACGGUGUUACAGAGUGUUUUGUAUUUGCUGCCAUGAGCCAAGAAGAGGUUGACAAGUACAACCUGGUGAUGCUGGCUCUGUCUGUGUCUUUCCUCUUCUUGUCCUACAUGCUGACCUGGUGGGCUGGUGGUGUUGGUUUCAUACUGGCAAACUGCCUUAACAUGGGUCUCCGCAUCUUACACAGCCUCCUUUACAUACACCGCUACUUCCAGUUCAGUCAGUGGAAACCACUGCGAGGCCUGCUGCCCUCACCGCUCCUACUACUGGCACUUGCUGUCAGUGCAGGUGUCACAGCAGCUUCUGAGAGUGUUUUCUGCUGUGACAGCGGUUGGUUGCUGAGGCUGGUCCAUAUUGGCGUGGGAGCAGUGUGUCUACUUGGUGUGCUCGUAGCCGUUCUUCUCACAGAGACUCGGCUUAUUCAGUUUGUGAGGACUCAGCUCUUGCCCCAGUACAGAAAAAAACACACGUAAAUUUGACUAAAAAUGGGAGAAAACUUCUCUACUGCCACAAACAGUAGUUAAAAAGCUACUGAUUGAUGGUUACUGGCUGUGAGAAAGCAACAAGAAAAAUGGAAAGUUUUUUUAAGUCUGAAGUGUGUGUGCGCGCGCGUGUGAUGUUUUCACUGUAACAUUCCUUUGUUGGUACUUGCAAGUACGAAGAAAUGGGUGAAAAAGAAGAUGAAUGUAUUUUAAGACAACUGAAACUGAAAAAUGAAUUUGCUACAGGGACACGUAGUCCUACACAAAUACAACAAGGCAAUUUAAUUCAUAUUUGUGGUGUUGUAAUUUAAGUAUGAAAUGUUGGAAUUUCAGAUGACCAAAAACCAGCAUUUUGUACUCCACUAUCUUUAGAAGGUCCCAGCUGUUAUUCAGGCCAUCUUAAGUAACAUAUUUCAGUAAAAUCUGAAUGUGCAUAACAUUACACAGCAUGAGACAACAAAUAGUCGUUAAAAUAAAACCUGUAUAAAUUACGGACUCUUACUUUUAUAUUUGGCUUGAUGAGACGAUCAAGGACUUGUGUUGUAGUUUGUUUAUAAAAACCUGUGGAUUUAUUUUAGUUGUCUCAUAAAAUAUGAUGCCCACAAGUCUAUUCUCAUAAGCCUUUUUUCUGUUAUGUGCACUACAAACAAUGCACACGGUGUCUCCACUGGAGGUUUGCAUAAAUAUAGGUUAUAGGUCUAGUUUAACAAAGUGAGACAUUUUCGUUGCCACAAAUUGUUGCAAAGUGCACACUUUGUCACGCGUGGGUUUGCGUGCUACGUUUGCAUUCGGCAUUUUUGUCACUCACUCUUUACUCUAUGAGAGCUAAAUAGGUUGGAUUUCACCCACUUAUUAACAUGCUGAUGGGAAACACUGCGUGUUUAUUUGUUGGUCUUUCCUCUGUGCUAAUUGCCAGUGAUCUUAGGGCCCCCUGAGGGCUGAAUAAUGAUGUAAUUAUGGAAAGUAAGGGGGCAGGAAGGGGUGGGAACCGCAUUCUUUAAAGG